AUGGACCAAGCCAGUCCCCUACUCCAUGCCAUCCUGCCACGAGCGAGCGCAGGAUCCUCAUCUGAUAGCAAGAAGAAUGCUGCCUCCCUUUCUCAACUGUUUGCCACCCUCGUACCGGUCUUGCUUGUCGCCGUCAUCUACACCUCGAUAUUCUUCUGUCUGCGACCCAGGCUCAAGCGCAACUACUCGCCCAGAAGCUAUGUUGGCUCACUUCGUCCACAGGAGCGGUCUCCAGAUCUUCCCAAUGGCAUGUUCAACUGGAUGAGCACUUUCAACAAGAUCCCAGACAGCUAUGUCCUCAAUCACCACUCUCUCGAUGGUUUCCUCCUGCUGCGGUACCUCAAGAUUUCUGUGGCCAUCUGCUUCGUCGGCUGUCUCAUGACUUGGCCAGUCCUCUUCCCGGUCAAUGCGACAGGCGGCGGAGGCCAAAAGCAGUUGAAUGUCAUCAGUUUCAGCAAUGUCACCAACACCAAGAAUCGUUUCUACGCUCACACCUUCGUCGCCUGGAUCUUUUUCACCUUCGUAUUCUACGUCGUCAUGCGCGAGAGCAUUUAUUACAUCAAUUUGCGUCAAGCCUACCUUCUCUCGCCGCUAUACGCAAACCGCAUGUCUGCCAGGACGGUCCUGUUCACCUCGGUGCCUAAAGAUUACCUUGAUGAGGGAAAGCUACGCCGUAUGUUUGGGAAGCAAGUAAAGAACCUCUGGAUUGCCAACGACUGCGAAGAGAUUGAAGAUCUAGUCACCCAACGCGACAAAGUCGCCAUGAAGCUCGAAGCUGCUGAAACUAAGCUGGUCACCAUGUCGAACAAGGCUCGUCUGGAGGAGGCCAAGAAGGGUAGCCACCAUGACGAUGGGGUUGAACUCACCAACAACGGGGUUGACGGUGAAUCUGGCUCCGUAGCCGCUCGUUGGGUCCAGCCGAAAAAGCGACCGACUCACCGCCUCAAGUUUCUGGUCGGCAAAAAGGUCGACACGAUCAACUGGUGCAGAUCCGAACUCGAGCGCUUGAUUCCCAUGAUUGAUGCCAAGCAGGCGUCUUACCGUGCAGGGGAAGGCACAUUCAUCUGCGCUGUUUUCGUCGAAUUUUAUACCCAGACUGAGGCACAAGCAGCGUAUCAGAGCCUCGCCCAUCAUCAGCCCCUACACAUGUCACCACGCUUUAUUGGCAUCAACCCGGAGGAAGUCAUCUGGAGCAGCCUACCGAUCAAUUGGGCGUCGAGAGUGGUCAGGAAUAUCGCUACCUCCGCUUUCGUUUUCGCGCUCAUCAUAUUUUGGGCAAUCCCCGUGGCUUUCGUGGGUGCUCUUUCCAACAUUUCAGCUCUCUCGCAAGGCACGCCAGGCAAACCGGCGUUGCUUCCAUGGCUCAGCUUCAUUAACAAGAUUCCAUCUGUCAUUCUUGGAGUCGUUCAGGGUCUUCUUCCUUCUGUCCUCCUUGCGGUAUUGAUGGCUUUAUUGCCCAUCAUCCUAAGAAAGAUGGCGAAAUUGGCUGGGAAACCAUCGCUUUCGAGCGUCGAGCUCCGUGUGCAAAACACUUAUUUCGUGUUCCAGGUUAUUCAAGUGUUUUUGGUGACAACUAUAAGCUCGUCCGCUUCGGCCGCAGUCACCUCCAUCAUCGAAGACCCUUCUUCGGCCACCAGUCUCCUCGGUCAAGACCUUCCCACCGCCUCCAACUUCUACAUCUCCUACUUCAUUCUCCAGGGUCUGUUCAUCAGUUCGGGUGCUGUGCUGCAGUUGGUUGGGGUGAUUUUGUACAAGGUCUUGGGCAUGUUCCUCGAUAGCACGCCAAGGAAGAUGUACAAGAGAUUUACUACUCUCUCUGGACUUGGUUGGGGCACUGUCUUCCCGCUUUAUACGCUCCUGACUGUUAUUGCAAUCACCUACUCGAUAAUUGCACCAUUGGUCUUGGGAUUUGCUACCCUCGGUCUUUAUCUGAUCUACUUGGCUUAUCGUUACAACCUGUUGUAUGUUUUUAAUGCCACCGUCGACACUCAAGGUCUCGUCUACCCACGCGCUCUGCAACAGACAACAACUGGAGUCUACCUCUCCAUCGUUUGUCUGAUCGGACUGUUUGCUAUCAAAACCGCCAUCGGCCCCCUUAUCUUGAUGAUCAUUUACCUCAUUUUCAUCGCCCUGUUCCAUUUCUCCCUCAACUCGGCCAUUGACCCGCUACUCAUGUAUCUGCCAAAAUCACUCCAGGUGGAGGAAGAGUCUCUUCUCUCGCUUGAAAACGGCAACACCAACGGCGGUGCUAUGACGGAUAAGAAAGGCCUCUCAGCUACUACCAACGACAGACACGCUGGUAACAGUACCGAUACCGACGACAAAGAACUCCCGGCUGCACCCCACAAGAAGCCCAACUUCAUUACCAAGUUCCUUUCCCCCCACAUAUACACGGACUACCAUACUCUACGCCGUCUUGUACCUCGAGGUUUUGCGGAAAUCGAGUAUGCUCCCGAGGUCGAGCGCGAUGCUUUCUAUCAUCCUGCUAUCUCGAGCCCAACACCUGUCCUAUGGAUUCCAAGAGAUGAGAUGGGCGUUAGUCGGCAGGAAUGCCGCCAUUCAAGCAAGGUCAUUCCCAUGACUGAUGACUGCGCUGGCUUCGACGAGAAGGGCAAGAUGGUGUGGGAUCAUGAGACUGCAAGACCUCCCAUCUAUCAGGAGAAGGUUUACUACUGA